AUGCCUGAACUUCCUGAAGUAGAAUAUGCUCGACGAUUAUUAGCUUGCUUUUUAAAUCAUACACAUAUUACUAAAGUUACGUAUCCGGAUGCAGAUGGUUUAUCAAAACGUUUUAUAAAUUGUACACCAACAACAUUUGCUAAUGGUUUAGUUAAUCGAAAAAUACUUGAUAUUAAACGACAUGGAAAAUAUUUAUGGUUUGAAAUGAAAGAUCAACAACCUUUAACACCAAUAUUUCAUUUUGGAAUGUCAGGAGGUUUUCGUAUAAAAUCCGCACCUGAUAUUACUUAUUCAAAAGAAAUGAAACUUAUCAAAAUGAAAGCAAAAAAUGAAAUCGAUGGACAAUGUGAAUCUUUUGUUUAUGAUGAUGAACUUGAUGCUGAUCUAACAUGGCCACCUCGUUUUACACGUAUGCGAUUUUUAACAUCAAAUGGUCAUGAUAUAUGUUAUACAGAUCUUCGUAAAUUUGGACGUUUUCAUCUUGUUGAAUCAAAUUCACCACUUUCAUGUCUUCCAUUAUCGAAACUUGGAUUUGAUCCUUAUCUUCAAAUGCCAACAUAUGAAAAUUUUCUUAAUUUAAUUCAUUCAUAUCGACCAGCAUCUAUUGAACUUAAAACAUUUUUACUUGAUCAAUCUUUUUGUGCUGGUAUUGGUAAUUAUUUAGCUGAUGAAAUACUUUAUCAAUCAAAUUUUCAUCCACGAAAACGUUUAAAUACAUUAAAUGAUGAACAAUUAAAAAUGUUACAUAAAAAUAUUGAUUAUGUGAUAAAAACAGCUGUUGAUGCUGGUAGUAGUCAUAAAUUUCCACGUGAAUGGCUUUUUCAUUAUCGAUGGACAAAUAAACGAAAAACAGAAGAUUAUUAUAAAUUAACAAUAGAAUUUGAUACUGUUGGUGGACGAACAUCAGCUUAUGUACCACAACGACAAAUGUUAUCGAAUGAUGAACAACAACAAGUUGACAUCAGACUUGCUGCAAGAGAAAUUAAACGAACAAAUAAAAAGAUGAUGAAAGAAAAUGAUGUAAAUAGUAAAGAAUCGAAUGAUGACGAAAAUGAUGAUGUUUCCAUUGAUAUAAAAGUAUCGAUAAACAAACAAAGUAAACGAAAAUUAAUUAAAACUGAUUCGGAAGUAAAUGAACUACCAUCCAAGAAAAAAUUAUCAUUAGCUUCAAAUGUCAUAUCAAAUCGACCACAACGAGCAUGUAAACAGAAAAUAAUUAAUUAUCAUGUAUGA